UGGCUAAUCACUACAUAAACUACGAUUCCCACAGUGCAUCUCUGCCAGUUUAUACCGUACAUGGCGUCUUGUCAAAGAAGACAAGAGGCAGGUCGCCUUCUGACACACAGGCUGUCAGAUUUUUUUAACGUGUCAUAAUGGAGGUGGUCACAUCCGUCGGCGUGGAAGAGGAGACGCAUUUGACGCGGCUGAGGUUCGACGCCGCCGUCAAAGUCAUCAAGAGUUUGCCCCCGGAUGGCUCCUUUCAGCCCUCCAACGACAUGAUGCUCAAGUUCUAUAGUUACUACAAGCAAGCCACCGUGGGCAAGUGCAACAUCCCCAGGCCAGGUUUCUGGGAUGCAGUGGGCAAAGCAAAAUGGGAUGCAUGGAACUCUCUGGGUGACAUGACCAAAGAAGCAGCAAUGGCAGCUUACGUGGAUGAAAUGAAGCUGAUUCUGGAGGGCAUGCCCAUGACUGGUGAGGUGGAGGAGCUCCUGCAGGUCCUCGGCCCUUUCUACGAGUUGGUGGAUGAGAAGAAAAAGAUCACACAGAUAUCAGACCUGAGCACAGCCCGUUUGACAAAGUUUGCUAGGCAGCUGGAAGGCUUCGGCACUGCCCUGAACACCAUGUGCUCGAAGAGCAUGGCCAAGAGCAUCGUCAGAAACAUGGAAAUGAAUGGAACGUUGGAGACCCAGCCAGCCAAGAUCAUGCCAAAGGACGAGGAGGAAACCUCAGGUGAUGAAGAAGAAGAGGAGGAGGAAAGAGAUGUUGAGACGCAGGAGGUCAGAAAAGCCUCGCAGCCAAAGAAGAAAGGGUCUGGCAGGACGCACAAAGCCGCAAACGGCGGCGUCGCGCAUUUGAGCAACGGCAGCCAUUCGCUUGCUCCUCAGGACGGUCAACCUCUGCUCAACGGCCACCACGAGGACGCCAGCACGGACGAGGCGGCUCCCACCCAGCUCGCGAGCGACUCGGACAGCGAAGUGUAUUGUGACUCUGUAGACCAGUUUGGCCAGGACGAGGCAAGAAAGAACGCAAACGACAAUGAUCAUAUUUCCUCAUAUAGUGCCUCGAGUUUAGAGCAAAACCGCUCUCUGGAUGACCUGGAGGAAGAGGACUGUGAGGGUGUCCAGGGACCACCGCAGGUGAUCAAGUGCGGGGGUGAGGACGGAGACACCGGCAGGAGCAUUACACAGAGAUCGAGGUUGAACGUGGACAUGCCAAACUCCUCACUCGGAGGCAAAAGAGGCUCCAGGUCCUCCAGUCGUGGCUUUGGUGCGCUGAAGCCGGUGCACAGUGGCGGCGACGAUGGCAACGGUGGCCGGAGGGGCGGUGCAUCCACGCCCGGCAUCGACCUCAAUGAGCAGAUAGUGGCAGCGCUGGCCCAGCUACAGGAUGACAUGCGGAGCGUCCUGGAGAGGCUGCACACCCUGGAGGCCCUUACUGCCACCCAGGCCAGGUCAGCAGCCAUGUCUCCUGUGCACCAGUCAACUCCAGUCAAUAGGAACAGUCAGAAACCAUCCUGGUGGCCUUUUGACAUCUCUCCCACCAGUCUGGCCUUCGCUGUGGUCUGGCCCUUUGUGGUGCAGUGGCUCAUCAGCCUUUACCUGCAGAGGAGGAGAAGACGCCUCAACUGAAACAAAGCAGUGGCAGCGGCUGUGAAGAAGAAACCGCAGCGUCCCCAGUGACUUUCGGCAGUGGUUGCUUCCACUUGCAGCCCAGUAAUCAUUUGCUUUUGCACUAAGAAGAAAGUCUUCAGAAGACAUGUCCUGUGCGUGUGUGGUACUAAAAGAAUGUGUUUUUGCGCAGAGGGAAGUCCACAGAUUGGACGAUGGCUGUUUCCAUAGUAACUAGGGCUUCUCUGCACAAGUGGGCCAGAUAAAUUUUUUUGACGUGGUUUUAACUUUUCACUUAGUUGCCCAGGCAAUGCUGCUAAAAUGUUAUAACUAGAUAGGGAAGCGAGAAAGUAAGGAUAAUAUAUACAUAUAUACUGUAAUAUGUAACAUUCUUUGUAAUUCUGAUCGUAUUAAUAUUUAUUGCUUUUAGCAACUCAAUCUACUGGCCAGCUCAAUGUUUAGGUUUUAUGAUCCACAUAGAAGUGCCUCAACAUCCAUUGCACACAUUAUGGCUUUCAUAUUCACAUAUUGUAGCAUUCUAGUACUGGACCAAAUCAAUAAUCCGCUUGUCAUCAAUGUUUUUCUAUGUUGUCUAAUUGUGUGAUGAUACAAUGUACUGUAGUGGCAUCCAUACAAACUAUACAAGGGGAGCAGACUGAAAUGCAAUAUUUUCAUUGCAUUAUCAGAAGAAAAAAAAAAUCCAUUUCCAAAAAGGUCUGCACUAACCUGUUAAAGAGCCAUUAUGUUGUAAUAAAAUGUAAAAAUAAUGUCAUAGUUUCUACUGAAGGCUUUGUGGCCCUCUGCCUGUGGAUAGAGCGCACUCUGCAUGUCCUAAUCUAAGCCUCAAAUAAAAGUUUCAUAAAGCGUA